GACAGAUUGACUGAAUUUUUAAUUAUAAAUAAAUAGACAUUUUCGUUUACCUUGUAUUUUCCUAUUUUUCCGAUGAUUUUUCUAAUAAAAUCGUGGCGAUAAUGCUAAAAUUAUUCAAAUUAAUCGACUGAUCAAGAAAAAGCCAUGAAUUUGUUAGAGAAGGCAGAAAAAGCAUUGGAAUAUUUGAAAGCGAACGAUGGAUCUACGAAAAGUCAUGAUUUGCAAUCGGCGGCUGGUACAUUAGGGCGAUGUCUGGGAGCUUUAGGAAGCCGCCCGAAUUUUGCAAAGCACUAUGCAAAUUUACUGCAUACAGCCAUCCCUACUUUGCUCUCUCUGGCCAGUAACAAUAGUGCGGAAGUACGUCUGGUAGGCGAUGAGGCACUCAAUAGAGCUGUUGUGGGUGGUUUUGCAUUCCAUUCGCAUAAAACAAACAUUAUUCUGCAAAAUUACAUAGACACUACUAGAAAUGCAAGAUGGAUUCGAUCAGCUUUAACCCGUAUUUGUCUCGGCGACUCCUGGCUUCGUCCUGGCACUGGCAAGAUACGAUCACAAGCACAGACAUUGAUCCCGAAACUAAGCCAAAUAGUGCAGCAGACAAGCGAAAUUCAACUCAUCGUGGAGGCAUUAGAGAACAACUUAUCUCGGAUAUUGACUGCAUUGGCUGAGUACACAACUGAUGAAGAGAUGUCUGAUUUAUCUAAGGCCCUGUUGUCCCACGUGGAAUCAACGGAGCCUGCGGUGAGGCGCGGCGUGUCGUCGUGCGUAGCUUACCUCUGCUCGCAUAGAGAACCUCUGCUUACCAACAUUUUGGGGAGAGUAUUUGAGAAAUUAUGGCCGAUGUCAUCAGAGAGCACCACGAUAAUGGGCUGGUUUUGCGUUGUCAAAGCCAUCUUCCAGAUCAACGAUAUUUCGAAAUUCAACGACAAUGAGUUGUUCACAGUACAAGAUUAUUUAGAGUUAUAUCAUCUGUGUAUUCACUACAUAGAACAAUGUGCUGAACAUAAUAUACAGAACUGUGUGAUGGAGUGUCUCACAGUAUUGCUGACUCACGCUACUGGAAACUUCAGGAGGGCAUUACUGGAUAAACACCCUCAUAUUAUCUGUUUGGAUGACAGGCAAAGCGAUAAAGGUCAUAAGAGGAAUAUCAGUUCAGUGAGCAUCGUGUCAACACGUUACGUGCCCAGUCCAUCGUCUGAGCCGCUGAAUACUCUCGAGUUAUCGUUCACUGGAGAAUUGCAGCUCGGCAGUCUUUUGCAGCUCAACACGCCGAGUUUGAGCGUCGAAGACUUGAGCAUACAGACCCCAGAAUCGCCAGCAAGCGAGCCCGAUGUCCAACUGCCAAACACAGAGGACCUGACCAAGGAAGUAUCGGAGAAACUGCAGGAGUAUGGGGAGUGUGAUGAUAAGGAUUAUGACCAGGUGGAUCAGCCCCAGGAUAUUGGGUUCAAGAUAAACAUUGGUUCCUCCACGGAUGAUGAUGUCCCUCUAAGAUAUUGUUCGAGGCUCCUCGCUUCAAAGUAUUUACUGACAGGCAACAAAGGAGAGCUCAUACAUGACAGGUCAGUGAGGGUAUCUGUUAAAGCAUCAGCUCUCAACUGUCUAUCAGAGAUCCUGCACCUGUACCCGCAGGCUAUUACUAUGUACCUGGACAAAGAUGCAGACAUGAAGAACCAUAACAUAUCAGGGUCAUCAGAAGGCACUGAUAUGCACCAAGAGCAUAUAAACGACUUCAUUCUAGAACGAAAUGUUUGCUACCAAGACUCUUCAAGUGACUCCAUGAGCCAAGACUUCCUAAACAGAAGUAUGGACAGCCAACAAACGUCAAAUUCUCAGCAAAUGUCGAAAAAGGAGAGUAAAUCUCUAGAAAAGUCGAUAGACAGCGAGCAGAAAAGUUCAACUAAGGAUGUGCCAAGCGCAAUUCUAGAUAGCAAAUACGCUAAGAGCGAUAUGGCAAUGAGUAUCGAUAGUACCAACCCUAAUAUGACUAACAGCAAUUUUACAACUAAUUCCAAUCUGACCGGUAGUACUUGGUACCCAAUGUCCAGUAGUGGGGAUGUUCUAUCGUCCAGUAUAGAUUUGGACAUGAAAUUUGAUCACUUCGGUGAAUCGCCGACUAAUUUAGACAACUUGGAUGCUUUAAAAGAAUUAGAGAAGAAAGAGGACAGGCCGAAAAGACCACUCAGACGUACGGUAGCUAAAAAAGAAGAUGAAAAAGACUUAAAAGUGGAGGAAGUAGUGGAGGUGGUAGAGAGGGACUUUGUUUUCCAACACAUGUCGGAUAUUUUCGUGUUAUUGGAGGGCCACAAUGACCCCCAAAUUAGAGGGUUAGUCCGGGUGUGUAUUGGGAAGUAUUUGAGUGCGGCAUUGGACCUAUCGCACGGUGAUUAUCAUAGGUGGAGGAACUUCGCGGUGUUGCCCAAGGAUGUGAGCAGUAAUAUCAGUACAGAGAAGCUGGUUGGCAUUGUUCUAAAGGGCCUAUCAGACGAUAUUCACUCCACGGUCAACCACACGCUCUCAGCCUUAACCAACAUAGCGUCAGCUUUGUGUACAAGCACGCACUGGUUCCUACUGGUGGACGCGCUGAACUCGCUGGUUGCCGUCGAGAAUAACGGUUACUGGUUGUGCAGGGUUAACCUUUGUAAGUUCUAUGAGAAACUGCCUUAUCAGAGAUUAUUCAUACUGUACGCAGGAUAUCAUAUAAAAAGUAAGGUUAUAAUGGAUACACUGAUACGAUUAUUGGCAGACCAGGACCAAAAAGUGAGGAAAGCAGCGGCCGAAGCCAUAGUUAACAUAAUACCAAGAAUUUACCCGCCAAAACGUUCCACACCUAUCACAAUGGUCGCGGACAUGGCAAAGGAACACAGCCAAAAGUUUAUAUUCGACCAGAACAAACUCUCGUUGGAUCUGGUCCGCAAUAUGUACUUCUAUAGCGAUUUACCGGAUCAACUGCGGAGUGGGGAUGUUAUCAGCAACAUGGAUAGUCUCAGGAUAGUUGUCGCUGAUUUGCUGUCGAGAACUAUGUCUUCUUCAUGUAAAUAUUAUACGCAAGGCCUACUUGAAACUCUUCAAGCUAUAUGCAAAAAAUGGUCUCCGUGGAAACAUGUUGAUGCGUACAGCGAGCAAGGCAUUUUAAGCUAUUGUUUGGACAGUCUCGACUAUUGUAACGGAACGGUAGCGGCCAGGACUGUAUUGCUGAACUUAUGUGCUGCGGUGUACCCUGUGGAAAUUCAUAAUGUAAUGAAAAACAAGACAUUCAACCGUGAUAUAUUCGAGCGGGACUCCUCAAAUGUCAGACAGAGAUGGCAACACUUGGAGAACGAGAAAGUCAGUAACCUCGCUGAGAAAUUCUUACAAGUGACGUUAAAGAUGUUGAAUGUUCUAGUCCAUUUGAUAGAGGAAGUUAAUCCUAAUGUGCAUUUGAAUAAGGGUGGUAUUGCCUUACCGGGGAGUCCAGUUAGGAGGAAGACUCAAGAAUCGAUACCCAGAAAGGCGAGUAACGCGGGAGAAGCAGUGGACGAGAAAGGCUCUCUAAGGAAGAAGGUUCCAGUGCCGGCUACUAGUUUAAAAGCCAAUUUCGCUGGCCACUUCUAUACUGAAAUGUUUUAUAUGAGGUUUUAUGAGACGCUGAGGGCUACAUACUCUAAUCAUAAGAUAAAUCUAGAUCCAAAGAACAGUAUGUUCCACGAUUUCCUAUCAACCGUGCUCGAUUGCCUGGCUAUCCAAUUAGAACUGGCCACCGAAAAAGAAUUUGGCCCCGUCACAGAAGAAAUACUUUACUAUCUCAAAGUAAUAAUGCCAUUACGACCUGAUACCACAGUGUACUGUGUUACACAAUUGUUAAAAUGUCUAUUCGGUACAAAUAUGAUAAGUCAAUAUCCAGAUUUUAUGAGUAUAUGCGACAAAAUUGAGGCAAAGGACAAAACGAGCUUCUUCCACGACGUGAUGUUGAUAAAUUCGUUAAAUACCAUAGACAAAAGCUCCAGAAGGAGUAGUGUGUGUUCGAAUGCUAGUCAAAAAUUGUCUCUGGACAGCAAGAAUCCUAGGAUGAUGGAGGAACGGCAGAUGUUGAUAGCUAUGGAGAAUUUUUCUAAAAACAAAACUGAUAGAAAGUGGAGUACCAAUAAGAAGGAGUUGGAGAGAUAUAUAAGGUUGUUUGAGCCUGUUGUCAUACAGUCUUUAAAGGGCUAUACAAUGCAAAACGACAUACCGUUGCAGUGUAAAGUCCUAUGCCUGCUCAACCAACUCCUCACCUUGAGAGUCAACUAUUGUAUGCUGGACAGUGACCAAGUAUUCAUCGGUUUUCUAAUGAAGCAAUUGGAUUUAGUUGAACAACAUGAGAUACCGAACUGUUGCGACCUAGUGUACAAUAUACUACUAUUUUUAGUUCAGUUAUCGUCAUCGAAGCACCAUACCAAGCAAAUUAUAGAGAUACCUAAGCUAAUCCAAUUGUGCGACGGUCUCAUGGCUUCCGGGGCUCACUUGGAGUGCAUCGCUGGCUUGGAGCCGGUCGCUGUGAAGGUCUUCAGCAGUAUGGGAAGUACAACCGUAUUGGGCAGAGCACAGCAGCAAGAAGCCCAAGCGACGAGGGAAGUUUUAUUUUAUAUGCUUCAGAAGACGAUGCACCAACAUAAGGUACUGGACUUAGUGUCUUGCGUGCUGUCACUCUCGCAAGAGCACCCGGAAAGCUAUUACCGCUGGUCGGAGUUAGCGACGGACACGCUACUCAAUCUACUAACCCAGAGAACGAUCGAAAUAGAUUCCACCGAGGCCAUAUCGUCACUGGAGAGGUUAUUGGACUCCAUAUACAAGGAUGUACUGCUGGAACCUACCAGGGUGGAAAUACUGAUGAAGAUAUUGUUCAAAGCGCCACCAGAUCAGGCUACAACACCUGCGAAGUUUAAACUUAGAUAUCUCUCAAUAAUAAUGGUUCUACUUAGAAAAGUAUUAAUCCUAAUACCUGAAAGUGAGAUUUUGCUUACAAUAAACGAUCUCAAAGCGAGCAGCCUCUCACCACAGUCGAUCUUCUUCAACGUCAAACCCGACGUAGAUCCGUUGAACGUGCAAAACGUCAACGAGAACUGCGCUAACCUGUCGCCAGAUGUCGUCCUAGUCAGGUUGUUGUUUAAAACGUUGACGUACGUGAUCAUCGAAAUGGACGGAUGUUACGACACUAACUUUGACAGUUCGAAUUUGGACCCUGAGAAUAUUGGUAGUAAGGUUCGAAAUGACAAAUUGUUGUAUUCAGUGUGCGUUAAUAUUAUAGUGCAAGUGAAACACAUGCUACAUUUGACUAACGGCUGUCUCUUCCCGCUAACGGCGAAAACGGCGCAAACAAUACUGCACAACGAACAGAGUGGGCUCAACACGGGCCUCUACAGCCCCGACGAGAACAUCCCGCUGGACCUGCUCAACCUGAUCUGCCUGCGCUCGGCGCACCGGGUACCACUGCUCACUGUCCACUGGUCGCAUCUCUUGAUCAGAUUGAAUUUCCUAACUCACAAGUACUGGCAGAAACUGAUCGGUUUUGCUCGCAACCUGCCGCUUAGAGCGGAUAGUGCUGACAAGCAGUUGCUACGAGUCGAUCUGCUACAGAUUGCAUGCGUUAUGGCAUACUGUGAAUAUUUUGUGGAAAAUGGACUAUCAGAAGUGGUGCAUCUAACCUGGCUGCUAGUCAACCGGGGCCACAUUCUCAUCAGCCAAUACAAGGAGAGCGUGGUGCAGAGCCUGAUAUCCAAGGUGCAACAGACCGACAGUGCUUCGGGGUUGUUCCUGCAGGCUAUCGCCGCCAGAUGCCAGAAUUACUUGAAGGAUGAAUUUGCAUUGAACACUUACAAAAUACUAUCAUUGUGCCACGAAAGUGAAUCGGGCGCUUUGAUAUUCUUUAUUUGUCGAAUAAUUGGCAAACAGGAGCCCGCGAUAGCUGUAAGAUUCGCAAAAUUAGCUAUCGAAAGGUGUGGGAUGCUAAAAGAGUUGAGCGAGGACAAAAUAAACGAGCAGCUGUCCAAAGAAGACGUCCAGAUUGCGCUCGAGAUGCUGCAGCGCGAUCAGGCGCAUGUGCGAUAUCCGUCGCUGGUGAUGGAACUCAAUUCCCUGGCGUCGACAGUAUUCGCUCUCUCUCCCCUGGACUUAUCACAAGAUCGCGCUGUCAACCCGCAGUAUAUAUCAACCACAAACGUUGAUAGCAACUGGUUGCUGAACCAGGUGAAGAGCAGGUGUUGUCAAAAAGAUUCUACAGCACGAAAGGCGAAUAAUCAACACGAUCUCGCUCUCCUUAUGUCAAAUCUGUCACAAGAGGAACUGACAGCUGUCACGUCAUGUCCCGAGUUUGACAGGAAAAUACUCGGCUCAUGCUUUAAGAUAUCUUCUGAUAGUUACAUUAGAGAAUUCUUAAAUGUCGUCUCCAUUUACGAGUCAAAAGAGAUAGAGAAAGAUCGGAUAAAAGAGCAUAUGGAGAUGAAGAGAAUGAGAGAGGAGAUGACGUCAUCGGUCGACAGUAACAAACUCAACGUUGUCAACACAUUGCACGUAUUCAAAAGGAGUGAUAGCAAAGAAUCCAAAUCGCAGUUUUUCAUACCAAUCACGGAAAGUGAGAAUGUCAAAGAAAAUUUUGGUAAUCUCGAGUUGUCAGAUGAAGAAACCGAGCUAGUGCUACCGGAGUUGUCAGAAUUGUACCGGACGGCUGUGGCGACUUUUGACAAGUCUUUGACAGACGUCAUUAGGUUGUUCCCGAAGCAAAAUCGGCCGUUGAGCCAAUCGGAGAAUUUUAGUUUGAAUAUCGAACAGUCAAUAGACCGGUACACGCGUAGAUGUCACCAAGUCUUCCAAGAUAAACUAUUCUACCAGGAGUACACCACUCUUCAUACAAUUUUGACGGGAUACCUUGACGCUUUGAAUCGAUUAAUCGGAACAAUCGAUGAAACCGAUUGCGAUUUACUAGAGAAAAUAAUCGAGAUUAUUCUACCGAGUAGUUUAUCGAAGAAUAUAGCAAUAUUUUCAGUGAUGUCUUUGCAAUAUUUAUCGUUUCUUAUAAAAAAUAAGGAGAUUGUCGAGAGUCCGAUACACACUGAUGUGUCGUUUAGAACGACAGAUGUCGUAACGGAAAAUAUAGUCAUAGACAAUGUAAUAUUGAUAACUGUAGACAAUGUUGCAAAAGCACUAAGCUUUCAAGAGAUAUGGAAUGAAUUGAAUGCAAGCAAUAUGAAUAAAGCUCAGUCGGCCAUCAGUUGUUUGUAUGCGGUUGUGAAGUAUUUAGUUAAGGAUACAAAGCCCUUGGUAUUGAAUCACUACAUUCAACCUCAGGACUCUGGUCCCACCUCGGACAUGAUCAUCAUUGGUGAUAAACUCAUCAGCCUCAUCAGUUACUGGGAGCAGAAUUUUUACUCGAAACCCAACUGUGUCCUGGGAAACUGUUACGCAAAACACAUCGAGAGUCUUCUCGUCAGUUUGUCUCGCCUCCAUGUAGUCAGCAAUAUGGCUCUAAUUCCGCCAAUAGCCUGGUCGUCAGUAGAUGUUACAUCGAAAAAAGAUCAGCCGCUGAAGAUAGAUUUGCCCCUACAAGCGUUGCAGGACAUGGAUGUAUUGGAAGCAUUCUUGUUCAGAGUAAACCUAAUCAGCUGGUCAUCAAAGAAGCAAUUCGAAGAGAUCUGGGUGGCGCUCCUCGGAGCGUUACAGGGUAACGGUACCCACUGGGCCAUAAUGGGAAUUACCGAGCUAAUACUCAGUACUGUCCCCAGAGUGCGCACUAAGGGCAUGUUACACGUGCCUCGAUCGCGGUUACAUGUGAGCAAUGGUAUGCAAACACUACGCAAUCUCGUGGUCGGCACGUCCGCGUACAAGAUAUUCGAGUGCGUCAACUUGGAGCGCAUACCGCUCAUGAAUGAUGGCUACAACGGCUAUCAUUAUGCACAGUUCAACGCUGAAUAUUUGAAAUUGGCCUCUGAUUUAACCGACGAGGCGUCGUUCAAAGUACGUCAAGACGUGAAACGCACGAAGAUGAACCGUGACCUCGACGUGAACAGCUGUCUGCAGAUCUUAAUGGAUGUCGCCACACAGAUGUUGGAGCCGAAGGCGGGCACUGGCACGGCGGCGCGCGUGGCGCUGGUGCGGUGCGUGGCGGCGGCGGCGGGCGCGUUCGCGGCGCCGGCGCCGUGGUGCUGGGCGGGCGGGCUGCUGCUGCGCGCCGCCGCGCACCGCGCGCUCGCGCACUACGCCGCCGCCGCGCGCGCGCUGCUGCUCGCGCUCGCCACCUGCCUCUGCGUGCUGCACCGCGUCGACGGCCUGCAGGUACGCACCACCGCACCACCGCACCACCGCACUCCGUGGUGCUGGGCGGGCGGGCUGCUGCUGCGCGCCGCCGCGCACCGCGCGCUCGCGCACUACGCCGCCGCCGCGCGCGCGCUGCUGCUCGCGCUCGCCACCUGCCUCUGCGUGCUGCACCGCGUCGACGGCCUGCAGGUACGCACCACCGCACCACCGCACCACCGCACUCCGUGGUGCUGGGCGGGCGGGCUGCUGCUGCGCGCCGCCGCGCACCGCGCGCUCGCGCACUACGCCGCCGCCGCGCGCGCGCUGCUGCUCGCGCUCGCCACCUGCCUCUGCGUGCUGCACCGCGUCGACGGCCUGCAGGUACGCACCACCGCACCACCGCACCACCGCACUCCGUGGUGCUGGGCGGGCGGGCUGCUGCUGCGCGCCGCCGCGCACCGCGCGCUCGCGCACUACGCCGCCGCCGCGCGCGCGCUGCUGCUCGCGCUCGCCACCUGCCUCUGCGUGCUGCACCGCGUCGACGGCCUGCAGGUACGCACCACCGCACCACCGCACCACCGCACUCCGUGGUGCUGGGCGGGCGGGCUGCUGCUGCGCGCCGCCGCGCACCGCGCGCUCGCGCACUACGCCGCCGCCGCGCGCGCGCUGCUGCUCGCGCUCGCCACCUGCCUCUGCGUGCUGCACCGCGUCGACGGCCUGCAGGAACUGACAACGGUACACCAGAAAUUGCUCAAAUCUCUAACUUCGAGCUACGCGCCGCUCCGUCAAGCGGCGCUGCAGGGCUGCCUCCUGCAACUGAGCAGUAAACCGGUCUUUGUCCAGCCGGGAGUUCCUAAUCCAUUCCAAGAACUGGUCGCCCAGCUAAACGUCGCCGUGAGGCUGAACCUAACACCGAAUUGCAAAAUAUCACUAUAUGAACAAAGUUUAUAUUGGACAGUGCUGUUCACGUUGAUUGAACUCGGACACCCGGAUCUGAUAAAUGUUGCCGUUGACUUUUUGUUGACACAUCCGAGGCAUUAUUGUGGAGAUCUCGUUGUUAAGGGUAUAUGCACCACAAUCCGACAACAGGUAUUGCCUAAAGAUCUGAAGAAUACGGUGAUAGAGAGACUUCUGGACAACAUGAAGAGCUACUGUGAACAUCACGCGGUGCAGAUACUGAUGGUGCAUUUGUUCUCAGCCGACAAUAAACUGCUAAGCCCAAAACUCACAUCCGACGUGUCGAAUAUGGAUCCAGACGUGCUAAUGAGCUCCAUGGAACGCAUCACUUUGCUCUACAAGACUCUGCGGCAAGUUAGGAAUAAAGAGAGCAAGACUCUACUCACGUCCGCCAUGAAGUACUUCCUAAGAGAGACUCUCCCGCCGGCGGCUACUUUGAGCAGAGUCGUGAUAGAGUUUCUGGAGACUUGCAAGGACGCCGAGAAGAUGAAGUUGAGCGUUAUAAACGAUAGGGGGCGCUGGAUAGAGGGCGCUGUUUUGAAUGCUCAGAUCGUUUUUGAGGUGUUCGAAGCAGCAGUGUCUCAAGAUCAACUGCCGGUGCUCAGCGGUUGGAUCUUUGAAGCGUUAUGCCAUUUGCUAAAUGGAAAAGUAUCACCGACUCUACUGCCGUAUUGCGUAACAACAUUAUUGGUUUCAGCCAGUCCGAACCAGUUCAUAAGGAAAGUGGCGCCGCUGUGUUUUAGCAUACUUAGAACCGGCUUCCAGAAGUCCGUCGAAAAAGAGAUCGCAUGGGGUAUAUUCCGGAAUUUCCUCUCAAGCAGCGAGGGCGUCAUGUCGUUCACAGAUAGAAGGUUGAUGUGUGUGGCGUCCACACAUUCCAAUUUCAGUGGAUCUCAGUUGGAGAGGUUGAAAGAAUUGUGCGAGAAGAAUGAUUGUCUAGAAGAUGUCUUGCGUUGUUUGAACUUGUAACUUUAGAGCAAAUGUAUGAGGGAAAAAGCUUACCUAGUCAGUAUUGUAACUGAUUUUUAUGUAGGAACAUAGAGUAGUAAAUGUUACAGUCUAAAGGACAUUCCUGUCAGUCGUCCAAAAUGCAAGUGCGAUGCGUUAGGAAUCGUGAUGUAAUCGUUCGUGAUAUGUAAACAUGUUGGACUACUGGUAGUAUCUUACUCUGUGUAAAUGUUUUGAGAUGGUAACAAAUCGGCGGUAGUUCGAUGAAAGCGCAUAAAUAAUCAGACAUAUUUUAUAUUUAAAUAAUAGAACUUAAAUUGAUUUUUUUUUUAAUAAUUGACCAUGAGCGGCGGUAGUCACUUACCAUCAGGUGAGCCGCAUGCCCGUUUGCACCGUGUUGUAAAAAAAAAUUAUUAUUUACUUUUUAUGUGUUUUAUUUUAAAUGAUUAUUACAAAUAAAAAUACAUACAUUAAAUAGAUCAUUUGUAGGCUUUUAGACAUUUAAAAUGUUAUCGAGUAAAUGGUCCAAGACCAUAAAUAAUUUCUUUCUUCUAUAUUGCUGGAGAUUGUAAAAAAAUAGUAGAUAUCCGUAGACGUUUCAUACAGCGCCAUCUAGUAACUAAGACUACUAAAAAAUCGAUAGUCAUAUUUUUUAUAAAUACAUAGAAAAUGGCCAGAUCAAUACAAAGAAUAUACAUACGAAUAUAAAAUGUUUGUAUUGUGCGGAGAUUAGUCUAAACGUGAAAUAAAAAAAGUGUCAUUAGUUUCUCAUUGUGCAAGUUCACUUCAGUACGCGAUAGAUGGCGCUGUAUGGCAAGUGUUCAAGGACAUAAAAUUCAUGUUCAUUUAUUCAUCUCAAACCGGUACUACUUAUUUUAAUGGUGCUCGAAGUAUUUUUUUUUUUUUAUCAAGUAGAAACAAAUCGCUUUUAUACUGUCAAUUGCAUUUUUGUCUAUCUUAACUUAAUACCUAAAGGUACAAAGUAAUUAAAAUACAUUUUAGAUAGUGUAGAAUUAAUCAAAAAAAAAAAAAACCACUUCAUACUACUUUUUACAUGACGGCCCAAAAAAUGGGUGUAACGUUUUCAAAGAUCGUGUAUGUCUGUCAGUUUCUUUAUUUCAUCGUAACUUUUUAAUAGCUGAAUAAAUUUGGAUGUAUGGGAUCGCUAGAUUCGUUCAUUCUGAGUGAUUUUUUGAUUUAUUUUUUUAUAGUAUCACAGUUGUGUAUUAAAAAAAGUUACUUGUUUAUAAAAAUAACUCACUUUAAGCUAAAUUCACGCUUCUUUCCGGGCACAGAGUAGAUUUUAUGAAAAACUAAAUUUAUCUACUCGUCAUAAAUUUUAUUAUGAAAAUAAAAACAGGAUAAUGUGUAUUAAAAAUAAAGACAAUUAGAAAUAAAUGUAAAUAUUCAUAUUAUGCAAUGUAUUUCCCUAACAAAAUAAUGUAGAAAUAUAUGUUCUUUUUU